AUGGGAAGCCAACAAGCAGCGGUUUCGUUCCUCACGAAUUUGGCGAAGGUGGCGUUCGGUCUCGGAACGGCGGCGACGGCAGUGAGCUCGUCUCUCUACACCGUCGAUGGUGGCGAGAGAGCCGUGCUUUUCGAUCGGUUCAGGGGAGUGUUGGAUCAGACGGUCGGCGAAGGGACUCAUUUCCUGAUCCCGUUGCUCCAGAAGCCUCACAUCUUCGACAUCCGCACCAAGCCUCACACUUUCUCCUCCGUCUCCGGUACCAAGGAUCUCCAGAUGGUCAAUCUCACCCUCCGUGUCCUCUCUCGCCCCGAGGUUUCGCGUCUUCCGACGAUUUUCCAAACAUUGGGUCUAGAGUACGAUGAGAAGGUUCUUCCUUCAAUUGGAAACGAGGUCUUGAAGGCAGUGGUGGCUCAAUUCAAUGCUGAUCAGCUCCUCACCGAGCGUCCUCAAGUGUCAGCACUUGUGCGUGACUCUCUCAUUAAGCGUGCCAAGGACUUCAACAUCGAGCUCGACGACGUUGCAAUCACUCAUUUAUCGUACGGUAUGGAGUUCUCGAAGGCAGUGGAGGCGAAGCAAGUUGCUCAGCAGGAAGCGGAGAGGUCGAAGUUUGUGGUGAUGAAGGCUGAUCAGGAGAGGAGAGCCGCUGUUAUCAGAGCUGAAGGUGAGAGUGAAGCUGCUCAGUUGAUUUCAGAUGCGACAGCUAAAGCGGGAAUGGGACUCAUCGAGCUUAGGAGGAUUGAGGCUUCGAGGGAGGUUGCAGCUACGCUGGCUAGGUCUCCAAAUGUGUCUUACUUGCCUGGUGGACAAAGCAUGCUCUUUUCUUUGAACGCUGGUCGUUAA